GGUUUAGCGCGAAUUUAAAUAUUCUACCCGUUUUCGCGAAAUCUCGAAAGUUUUUUUUUUAUUUCAGUUCGUUAUAAGUGAUUUUAAUUGAUUAAGUGAUGUGCUCAAUUAACAUUCUGGCGGGGUCUUUUAGAUUUCGUUUCAAGGUAAACCGAAAAAGACAUUCUUCAAAUUUUGUGCACUGUGUGUGGUCCUUCGAACUGGAUAGAUUUGAGAGGAAUUUUAAUGCGGACGCUAAUUGACACGUUAAAAACGAGAUAUGUGUAACGGAAGAGGAAUACAUGAGACUCCACUUGUAUGUCGGAUGAAGAGCUGAAACUGAGGCAGGGCAGGACAUAGUUGCGCUUGUGAAAUUUAGUGUUAAUAAAUAAAUAAAUUUAGUGUAAACGGUAGUGGAGAUGAAAGAAUGCAGCUCUAGUGUUUAAUGUGAUUGUAGUGUAAGCAAACUCGGUGUAUAUUACUUGCUGUGAUUAAAAAUAAUAUUAGCAUGAGUUCAUACUUUACCAAUUACAUGCCGGACAUGAGAAAUGGUGGUGUCGUAUCGGCAGAGCAUCAACACCAGCAUUACGGAGCCGCCGUCCAAGUGGCACAAGGUGGAGGACCAGUACAAGGAGAUCCAAGCUCUUGCUCGGGUGAUCCUUCCGUGGUGGGAUUGCGUCAAGGAAUACCGCCACACCAUUAUGGAGGUCCACCAGCAGCCGGCCAACCACCCCAAGGGAUGCCCUAUCCAAGGUUUCCGCCUUACGAUCGGAUGGACAUUCGAAACGCCGGUUACUACAAUGCGCAGCAACAAAUGGACGGCCAGUACAGGCCAGACAGCCCCACGAAUAUGCAUAUGGCGACCAAUGGACCUCCGAAUGGACACCAAACCCCUGUUGUGUAUGCUAGUUGUAAAUUGCAAGCGGCAGCGGUGACGCAGAAUGGGGUGUUAGGCCCCACUGGUAGUCCGCCUCUUGAUAGUGCGCAAACUAUGAACGCCCAUCAUAACAUGGGUCACCAUAUGCAAGAACAGCACCCGCAACACCAUCAGCAGGCGCACAUCCCCCCGCAACAACAGCAACAUAUGAUGUACGCCGGGCAACCCAACGCCAAUAUGCAUCAAAAUCCCCAACAUCAACCUCCUCUUCCGCAGCAGCAACCCCAACCUGGACAACAACCGCCAAAUAAUACUGCUUCUGCAUUACCUAGUCCUCUUUAUCCUUGGAUGAGGAGUCAAUUUGAAAGGAAACGAGGUCGCCAAACUUACACCAGGUAUCAAACCCUGGAGUUAGAAAAGGAGUUCCAUUUCAAUAGGUACUUGACGAGGCGAAGACGAAUAGAAAUCGCCCAUGCCCUUUGCCUGACCGAAAGGCAGAUCAAAAUCUGGUUCCAAAAUAGGCGUAUGAAAUGGAAAAAGGAGAACAAGACCAAAGGAGAAGGGGGCUCGGAAGGCGGCGGAGACGAUAUUAGUCCCCAGGGAUCGCCUCAGUGAACCAAGACGUAUUAAACCAUGUACCUUAAUACAUAUUUUAGUCAUUGCAUUUGCCUUUUGCUACCAGCCAAAGGCCUUUUUUGGAACCUCCUCAAAAAGGAUUUCUCACAAAAUGUAUAACAAUAUUGGGUUUCAAUUAUUUUACGUUAGUAUUAUAUACUAAAUACAGAUUUGUAGAUGUUAUUAAAAGUUAAUAAAAUUAAUUAUUAAAAUAUUACUUAUAUUCUUUGAAGUAAAGCAAAAUUAUUACAACUGUUUUUUUCACAGAUAUUUUAUAGCGGGCUAUAAAUUUAUAUAUUUUUAAUUUGAAAUGUAUUGCUAUCUCUUAAACCGUUGGUAACACAAAGUUGGUUAUAUGAGAAAAAAGUUGUAUAAUUUGAAGCUAAUACUGAGGGACAUUUUUUAAACAAAAAUAUCAGGGCCGGUUUCCAAGAUAAUAAAAAAUAAAUUAGUUCCAUUACAUUUAUUUUCAAUAAUAGACAAAAAGUCAUUGAAGUUUUUUGUUUAAUAUCAAAUUUUGCAUAUGAUAGCGUAUACAAUUUUUCUAUUCGAUGUUUCGUAACUGCAGGGCCACCAUCAACUUCUUUAUUUAAAUAUGGAUUAGUGUUAUUCCAACAGAUCAUUUUAAGCAUGUUCAAUGCUUAAUACAAAGAUGUAAAAACAUAUUGUGAUUAGUCAAUAUUUCGGAAGAUUUUUACAUCAUCAGGUAUCUAAGUUUGCUAGUAGGCACGGAUCUGUAAAUUUUUAGUUCAAAAUGUUUGCAUUAAUAAAAAAUGCAUUAUCGGUUGUAGAAAUUAUAAAUCUGAAAUACCAAUGGCAACAUUUUAUUCUUCGAUUGUAAUCUUCACAAUAAAUGUUGAAAUUGUAAUGUUAAAAAAUUAUUUUCACAAUAUUUGCAACAAUUCGUAUUUAAUUCUGAAUGGCGGCCGUUCGUUAACAAUUUUGCCAAAAAAAGAUUUUUAACAGAUAAAAUUAAAUCAAGUUACCACCUCGGUGUCAUGAUUAGACAUUUAAAACUGCACAAAAGGUAAAUAAAUUACAAUCGUUCACAUGAGCGUACGCAGAAAUUUGUCCGGGGGGUGGAGACGGUAACAUUAUGUAACUAAGUAUAAGUACACUCAUUUUUAUACAAUAUUUAAGAGAAAAACAAAAAUGCAGAAAUGAGCAGAAUAAUUUAAACAAAAAACUUUAUUUUUAUGUUAUUUCUUUAUCAAAAAGAGUUCUG